AUGGCGAAGCGCAAACUCAACGAACACGACGUGCCAGAGGAAACUUCAGGCGACGAGUCGCAGUCCGAGCCCCGCAGCUCGCCCGAACCUUCGACAUCUACCGAGACUGCGACCACUGCCACAACGACAGUGACACCCGAUGCGAAAGCAAAGAACAAGAAAGGCUCUCGCGCUGCUAAAGCGACGUCUAACGCCACCACUUCAACGCCCAUCGCCGCUUCCUUCGCCGAACUACAACUCGAGCCGCGCCUGUUAAGAGCAAUUCGUGAUCUGAAAUGGGCAUCGCCGACGGCAGUACAGUCGCAAGCGAUACCGUUGGCGCUGGAAGGGCGUGACAUCCUUGCGCGCUCUGGAACUGGCACAGGCAAGACUGGCGCAUACUUGCUCCCCAUUCUGCACAAAACGCUGCAGCAGAAGGGUCAAUCCCUCAUCCUAGCACCUACACGAGAGCUAUGCUUGCAAAUCGCGACGGUCGCCAAAUCACUCUCUCAACACUGCGGACAAGAGAUCCGGGUCCGCAACAUCGCGGGCAAGGAGUCGGAAGUCGUCACAAAGGCAGCCCUUGCCGACAAGCCAGAGAUCGUCGUAGCAACGCCAGCGCGAGCAUGGGCAAACAUCAACAGCUCAAAUCUAGCGGUCAGCGAUAUCAGGACACUUGUCGUCGACGAGGGUGACUUGAUCAACGGUUACGGUUUUGCUGAAGAUAUGGAGAACAUCGCUCGCGAGAUACCCGUCGGCGUUCAGAAGAUUGUCCUCUCCGCUACCCUCUCAACCGACGUUGAGUCGCUCGGUAGCCUACUUUGUACCGACCCGGUGGUACUUAAGCUUGCAGACCUAGACAAGGACUCACAGAAGGUCAAGCAAUACGUCCUGAAGGUGGCAGAGGACGAGAAGUUCCUCUUGAUUUACGCAAUGUUCAAGCUAAACCUCAUAAAAGGCAAGACUAUCGUAUUUGUCGGCGAUGUGGACAGGUCGUACCGCGUUAAACUCUUCCUCGAACAAUUUGGUGUCAAGGCAAUCGUACUCAAUUCAGAAUUACCGUUGGCAUCACGAACACACAUUGUGGAGGAGUUCAACAAGAACAUCUACAACAUCUUGAUUGCGAGCGACGAGAACGAUGUUGUGGGCAUACAGGAUGAGUCACGGCCGAAGAAGAAGGCAAAGAAGGACAAAGAGAGCAAGGAUUCCGGUGUCUCUCGCGGUAUCGACUUCCUCAAUGUCAGCUGUAUCAUCAACUUCGACUUCCCAGGAAACUACAAGUCAUACUUCCAUCGAAUUGGACGAACAGCACGAGCCGGCAAGUCUGGCACCGCUAUUUCGUUCAUCAUCCCGAAGGACAAGUACCGCAAGCACAAGCCGACCACCUUCGCCGGGUGCGAACACGACGAAGAGGUAUUGAAGAAUGUGGAGAAGCAUCAGCUCGAGGGCCAAAAGCUGGAAAACUACAACUUCGACAUGAAACGCUUGGAACCUUUCCGAUACAGGUUCGCGGAUGCACUGAAGUCGGUGACCAGGAUCGCGAUCCGCGAGGCCCGUAUCAAAGAGAUUCACAUGGAGCUGGCCAAGUCGCAGAAGCUCUCUAGAUACUUUGAAGAGAACCCCGAAGCGCUCGCGCACCUCCGCCACGAUCAAACCCUGAACCAUCCCGCCAGGAUACAACCGCAUCUCAAACACGUUCCGGAUUAUCUCCUACCAGGUGGAAAGAAGCCAGAGGACGUUGGCUUCGUCGGCCUGAACAUACCCAAAGUGAACAGGAAACAGUAUGUCAAAGGUAAGGGCAGGAGGGUGGUGAGAAGGAACGGCAAGGUUGAUCCAUUGAAGACAUUCAAUGCGAGAGGCAAGGGAAAGAAAUAG